AUGGAAGGGAGAAAUGAAACACUUGUAGACAAUGUUAUGAACCGGUCUUUGAGGUCUUCCCAUAACCAAGUGAGGAGUAAUGUUCAACUAGAAGAACAACCAAUUGCUAAGAAGAUGAAGAGCAAGGCAAACUGUCCAGCAAUGGCUCUUGAUGCCUUUUUGCAUAUAGAAGGAGUAGAAGUGGAAAGAGAAGAGGAAGAUGACUUUGAGUCAAUUGGUGAGGAUGCUAGAGCUGCUGAAAAAGAACCAGCUAACUUGACAAACUCAAAAAAUAGCUUAAAGCAUCCAGCAAUGACUCUUGAUGCUUUUUUGGGUGAUCAAGGAAUUCAUGUGAAAAGAGAAGAGGAACAUAUUGAAGUCCUAUCUACUAAGGAUGCUAGAUCUAGGCCAUCCCCAAAUAAUAGAGAAAAUGUUCAUAUCCCCUAUGAGGAAGAUUAUGUUGGUAAACAUGAAAGUGACAAUUUUGAUAUGGAAGGAGAUCAAGUUAUGGAAGAGGCUCAUGUAACAGGUGAUUCAAAGUUCAUUCUUCCAAAAUCUUCAAACCUAUGGGUGAUGACUGGUGUUCAAGGAGGAUGGAAGCGUUACAAAACAAGAAUCAAGAAAAAGCAUUUUGAACCAUAUUCUAGAAAUAUUGAGGAUAUGUUGGUGAAUCGUCUUUUGGAAAUUCCAGAAAUACAAUUUCAGAAACUAAUUGCAUAUUGGAGUAUUCCAACUAUCAAAGCCAUGUGUGCUAUAAAUUCUGAAAAUCGCAAGAAGCAGCAAUGGAGGCAUAAAAUGGGACCAAUCAAGUUUGCAAGAGUGCGUGUUGAUUUGCAUGAGAAAAAAGAGAACAAAGAGGAACCAAAUCAAGCUGAAAUGUUUGUUGCAACUCGGAAUGGACUAAAAGGGAAAACACUUGAUGUUGACACACAGGCUGUUAUUUAUCUACUUUAUGGCUGUUUUAUGGUUGUCAUGGUUGCUGUUUUAUGGCUAUCAUUGACUGCUAUUUUAUGGCUGUCAUGGUUGUUGUUUUAUGGCUGUUUUAUGGCUGCUUUAUGA